AUGAAGACAUUGGGUGUUUCGUGGAAUCCCAAGGAAGACUGUUUCACGUUCGUUGUAGCAGAGUGUUCCGGCAAAAAUGAUCAGCUGACAAAACGAUCGAUUCUUAGCCAGAUUGCUAGGAUUUUUGAUCCUUUAGGAUUCGUAGGACCUGCAAUCACCACAGCAAAGUUGAUUAUGCGGGAGCUCUGGAGCAUGAACUUGGAGUGGGACCAACCGGUUCCGCGUGAUUUGGCAAAACUGUGGACAGACUAUCGCAAUCAGCUAUACACUCUGAACAAUAUCAAAAUUGAACGGUGGAUUUAUGUCGACGGAGCUUGUGCAUACGAACUCUGCGGAUUUGCUGAUGCGUCAGAUACAGCAUACGGCGCUUGUCUGUACGCUCGAACUAUUCGAAGCGAUGGAACAGCAAACAUGACCAUAGUGUGCAGCAAAUCAAGGAUUCUCCCUAAAAAGAAAAACAAGCAAAAGGAGAUCACUACACCAAAGGCGGAACUAUUAGCAGCACAGUUGCUUUCCCAGCUGACAAUUAAGGUACUGACAGCUAUCGAUACUAAGUUUCAUUCAGUAACACUGUGGUCAGACUCGCAGAUAGUUCUCUGCUGGCUACAAAAAAAUCCUGAUACAUUGACUGUAUUCGUUGGAAACCGAGUCCGAUUUAUACAACAAUUGACUGCAGGUUACACUUGGGGAUACAUUCCAUCGAUUGAGAAUCCCGCAGAUCUUAUUUCUCGCGGUGUAUACCCCUCGGAACUAGAAGAACGACAACUUUGGUGGCAUGGACCUCCAAGGUUUCACAUUGCGCAGCCAGUCAACGAACAACCCCCACACUUUCCGGAAGAUGAAUUACCGGAGAUAAGAAGAGCAACGUUUGUUUCUGCUCCGCAAUCUGAGAGAUUGUUGAUAUUUGACAGAAUAAGUCGAUACUCAAUUGUACAACGAGCAAUGGCCUAUGUGAUUCGGUUCUGUGAUCACGUCAAAAGCGGUCGAAAGCACCUAACCAAAGGCCUACCAACAGCAUCAGAAAUGCAACGAGCAUCUACUUUGAUUACUCGUUUGGUACAAUUCGAAGUAUUUCAUAAAGAAAUACAAAUAUUGAAGGGUAUGAAAGAACACAGGCUAGAAUUUCAGAAUUUGAACCCAUUUAUUGACGCAAAAGACGGAGUGCUGCGAGUUGGUGGACGACUACGGCAUGCAACCAUACCAUAUGAACACCGACACCAAGCUUUACUACCGGAAAAACACCCAAUCACGGCUGCUUUGAUCCGUUAUUUUCAUCGAACAAACAUGCACCUGGGUCAACGAAGUUUGCUUGGAGUCGUUCGGCAGCAGUAUUGGCCACUUAAGGCAAAGAACGUUAUUCGCAAGGUGUUACACCACUGCAUACCGUGCUUCCGGAUGAGACCGAAGAAGGCAACCCAACUAAUGGGUGAUCUACCUGACUACAGGGUCCAACCUUCUCCAGUGUUUUCGCAUACUGGUCUAGACUUUGCAGGACCUUUCAACAUUCGAUCGAAUGCAAUUAGUAGACACCCUACAAUCACCAAGGGAUAUGUUUGCUUAUUUGUUUGCAUGUCAACACGUGCAAUACACCUUGAGGCUGUUUCAAAUCUUAGUUCAGAAUCAUUUAUGGCCGCACUUCAGCGAUUUAUCAGCCGUCGAGGUCUUGUGCAGAAAUUAUACUCGGAUAAUGCGACGAAUUUCGAGGGCGCCAACAAUCAAAUGUGUCGCCUGGUUGAAUUAUUUAACGACGAGCAACAUAUGCGGAAUAUCAGUGAAUAUUGUGCACCACGGGGAAUUGAAUGGUCAUUUAUUCCCCCAAGAAGUCCACAUUUUGGAGGGAUAUGGGAGGCGGGCGUUAAAUCAGUAAAGUCACAUCUCAAGCUCGUGCUUGCCGAACAUCGACUGACUUUUGAAGCAUUGUCCACCGUGCUAGCACAGGUGGAGGCCAUACUGAAUUCCCGUCCCCUUACACCUGCUUCGAAUGACCCUAAUGAUAUGAACGCUAUCACUCCAGCACACUUCCUAAUUGGUAGGGAGUUUCAAGCCAUCCCAGAGCCGUCCUACUCUAGCAUUCCCCAAGGCAGAUUGUCGCGCUUACAAUUUAUUCAGGACAUGAAGCAGAAGUUCUGGAAAAUUUGGAUGAACGAUUAUUUGCAUGAACUCCAAAAACGUCAGCGAGAUCUGAAGAUUACCAAAUUCAAGAUUGGAGCUAUGGUCGUCAUCAUUGAUGAACAACUUCCACCAUUGAAGUGGGCACUUGCCCGCAUAACUGAGCUUCAUCCUGGCCAGGAUGGACAUACGCGCGUGGUUAGCUUGCGAACUAAGAAUGGCACAACCAAAAGAGCCGUGAAGAAAGUCUGUUUGCUGCCACUAGAUGACGAGAAGGACAACGCAUUUGGAUAA